CAUCAUGGAUCUAACAACACUAGCAAUAGGAGACACCAAUCUCCUCUUCCCUCUCAUCCUACUCCCCUUCCUCCUCACCUUUCUCAUCUUGAAGAGCAUUAAGGCAGCACCCAAAGGACCACCACUUCCACCAGGUCCCUAUUCAUGGCCCAUCAUAGGCAACCUUUUCCAAAUGGGUAAAAGCCCCCAUGUAACACUGGCCAAGCUAGCCAAAGUUCAUGGCCCGCUCAUGUCUCUCCGGUACGGUGCACAGCUCGUCGUGGUCGGGUCCUCCCCGGAAGCCGCUGCAGAAAUCCUCAAGAUCAAUGACCGUGCACUUUCAGGACGGAUGGUGCCAAAUUCAUAUCAAAUAAAGGGCUCAAAACUUCACAACUUAAAUCUUGUAUAUAGCAAUCAGUGCGACGAUGACUGGAGGGUGGUGCGGAACCUUUACCGGACGGAGCUCUUUUCGAGCAAAGUGAUGCAGUCCCAAGUUGAAGUGAGAGAGAAGAAAGUGAUGGAGUUGGUGAAAUAUUUGGGCGGGAAAACUGGCCAAAUAGUGAAGAUAAAAGAGAUAGGAUUAGUGUGUGCUCUAAAUAUCUUGAGUAAUGCAUUUUUUUCAACUGAUUUAACAGACUUUGAGGGUAAGGGUUUGGGUGAGGGCAUGUUCCAAUACGUUAGGACAUUUGCUGAGUUGGGUGGUGUGCCACAAUUAUCAGACUUGUAUCCCAUUUUGAGUGGAUGGGAUGUGCAAAGCUUUUAUAAGAAGUCGAUGGAUAUCUUAGAUAGAAUGUAUGCUGUUUGGUUUGAUACUGUAGAUGAAAGAAGGAAAAAAGGAAUUGACGUUUCAGGUAGACGUGAUUUCCUGGAUGCUUGGUUGGAAUGGGGUUAACCACUGAACAGAUCAAUCCAUUGUUUUUGGAGCUAUUUGCUGCUGGUAUAGAAUCUUCAAGUGCAACGACUGAAUGGACGCUUACAGAACUUCUUCGAAAUGAAGAGGCCAUGGAGAAACUUCGCAAUGAACUCACAGAAGUGAUCGGUAAAAACACAAUCAGAGAAUCAAAUUUGCCCGACCUACCUUACCUUGAAGCAUGUGUUAAGGAGAUAUUAAGGUUGCAUCCUCCCGCACCACUGUUCAUACCUCACCGCGCUGUAGAAACAUGCGAGGUGAUGGGCUACACCAUUCCCAAGGACAGUCAAGUGCUGGUGAACAUGUGGGCAAUUGCCAGAGACCCCAUUGUGUGGGACGAUCCAUUGAGCUUUAAACCAGAGAGAUUCCUCAAGUCGGGGUAUGACUACAAGGGGAUCAAUUUCGAAUACGUACCAUUUGGUUCAGGGAGGAGGAUGUGUCCGGGAGCACCUCUGGCUUCUAGGGUAAUUCCCCUAAUGGUAGCUUCUUUAGUCCACCACUUCGAUUGGAUUCUUCCGGGCAACAUCAAAGCUUCGGAGAUUGACAUGAAUGAGAUCUUUGAUUUCACCAUGCUAAAGAAAGAACCACUGUGCCUUAUUCCUGAGAUACGAAAAUAGUUGAAGGCUCGUCAAGAAUCCUGAUUUUGUAAUGAUUAUGAUUUGUACGUACCAAUAGUUGGUCGUCAAGUACUUAUGUUUUGUUCCAGGAUUAUGUGUUAGCUAAUGAAUAAACAAGCAACUUAUUUUCAUUUCAUCUGUGAUUUCUCAUGUCAAUAACAAAAUUGUAGACAUAAA